UUCACAAACAGCUUCUUUUUACCCAGCCUCUGGGUUUCCAGGGCAGAGGCUGUUUCAGACAGCUGUCUCUGGCCUCUCCUGGUCAACACCAUGAUCAAGACCCCCAGUGACCAUGUGCUGGAGUCCCUGGAGUCGCUGGUGCCCAGUGACUUUGAGAAGUUCAAGUUUAAGCUGCAGAACAUCAGCCUGGAGAAGGAUCACUCCCGGAUCCCUCGGGGCCAGCUCCCGAAUGCCAGGCCAGUGAGGCUGGCCGAUCUGAUGAUCACCCACUAUGGGGAAGAGUAUGCUGUGAGGCUGACCCUGCAAGUCCUGAGGGCCAUCAACCAGAACUUUCUGGCAGAGGAGCUUGACAGGGCCAUCAGCCCAGAGUAUCUGAUACAAGAAAGUGGCCCAAACAGUUCAACAAUGUCUUGUUCCUCUGGGGAGAAUAAGCCCAAGGGCCUGAAGAUACCAGAUGGCCUGGAAGGUGAUAGGCAGCGGCAAAGUGGUGAUGGGGCCCUCAGCCUGCCAUCCAGCCAGCAUGAGGCUGGAAGGGGGCCCCAGAAGAAGCCUCGGGGCAAAGGGAGAGGUCAGAAGAGCUCUGAGGGCCUGGAUGUGCUGGGCAAGCCAGGGGCCAGGAGCGUGACUCUGUCCUCCAGGAGAAGCCCACUCUCUGGCAAGCCACAGGUGGAGAAGUGGAGUCCUAGUGUCACGCUACGCAGGAAUGUCAGCUCUUUAGGAAGGCUCCAAGGAGAUGCCUGUGAGUCGCUUACUGGGUCCCUAGGAAGAGUAAAAUCCAGGAUCUCUGAUCAUUUACCUUCAGAGCAGAAGAGACCCAGAAGUCUUGAAUUUACCAUUUUUUUGGGAGAGAGAGAACCCCCCAAUCCAGAAACUCUUCUGCCUCAAGAGAAAAUGAGAAGUGACCAUCCAGACUCAGCAGCCACCCCCAGUAAAGUGGCCACUCUGGAUGUAGGUACUACUGUGGCUCCAGAGAAAGGCUCCAAGAAUCCAGAACAGUCCAUGAUCCUGAAGGGGGGAGUAUUCAGGAAUACACUUUCCAAUGUAUCACUGUCUGGAGACCAGACGACCUGGGAGAAUCCAGAAUCUACAGGACCUUCAAAGAAAAAUGGAAUCGAGGGUCAAGAACCUUCUGAGACCUUGAGGGAGGUGGUAGGCAGUGAGCUCCACCAGCCUUCAGGUCCAGAAGUCCCUCCUUCUUCAGGGAAGCCACAGGAUGAGGCUGUGUAUCCCGUUUGCCGUGCCCAGGAAGGAGAUGAUUCCUGCAGAUACUCCGUUGCUUCUAGGUAUCCUAAGACCUCAGGCAAAUGCUCACCCAGCGGCUUCCUAAGCCUGGCCUCACUCACAGUAAAUAACUCUGAAGACUACAAGCAUCAAGAAGGCCUGCAGAUAGCCAGCUUGAGUCCCAAGUCCUUGCCACAGUGUGAGCGACACAUGAAGCAGGUCCAGCUGCUCUUCUGUGAGGACCAUAAGGAGCCUAUCUGCCUCAUCUGCAGGCUGAGUCAGGAACAUCAAGGCCACUGGGUGCGCCCCAUCGAAGAGGCUGCCCUGGAAUACAAGAGUUGGCACCAACUAAAGAUGGAAGAGGCCAAGUUUAGGCUUCAACAAGUGCCCCUUUUCCAGGAGCAAAUUCAAAAGCAGCUGGAGCAUCUGAAGGAGUUGAGAAAAUGUGGGGAGGAGCAGAGAUCUCAGGGGGAUAAGAAGACUGCGAAAUUCCUGAAACAAACUGAAACCCAGAAGCAGAGACUCCGGCACCAGUUGGAGCAGCUGUACCAUCUUCUGGAGCAGCAAGAGAAGCUCUUUGUGGCCUCAAUAGAGGAUCUGAACCAGACCAUUGGCCAGGUCAGGGAGAAAUACAGCACCCAAGUAUCCAGAGACAUUGCCCUUCUUGACGAGCUGAUUGGGGAGCUGGAGGCCAAGCAGUACCAGCCGGAAUGGGAGCUCAUGCAGGACAUCGGAGUCACCCUGCACAGGGUCAAGAUGGCGACUGUUCCUAAGCCAUGGAACACUCCUCCAGAGGUGGAAAAAAAGAUCCACUUCAUCUACCAGAAAUCAGAGUUUGUGGAGAAGAGCAUGAAGUCCUUCCUGGAAACCCUGCGUUCAGAAAUGGACACCUUUAAUGUUCCAGAACUGAUUUGCGCUCAGGCACAUGCCGUUAAUGUGAUUCUGGAUGCAGAAACUGCCCACCCCAACCUCAUCUUCUCUAAUAACCUGAAGAGUGUGAAACUUGGAAACAAGUGGAAUCGUCUGCCUGAUAAUCCAGAAAGAUUUGAUAGUUGCAUCAUUGCCCUAGGCCUUCCAAGCUUCCUCUCUGGCCGCCAUUACUGGGAAGUGGAGGUGGGAAACAAGACAGGGUGGAUCCUGGGCAUCUGCAAGGCAUCCGCGAGCAGGAAAGGGAGCAUGACUCUAUCACCCGACAAUGGCUACUGGGUGGUGAUGAUGAUGAAGCGGAAUGAGUACCAGGUGUCCACCAUUCCCCCAACACGCUUGCAGAUAAAGGAACCCCCCAGACGUGUGGGCAUCUUCCUGGACUACAAGGCUGGAGAUAUUUCCUUUUACAAUGUAACAUACAAAUCCCUCAUCUACACAUUCACCAGUUUCUCUUCUUCUGGGCCCCUUCAGCCUAUGUUCAGCCCUGGAACACAUGAUGGAGGGAAGAACAUGGAUCCUCUGACCAUCUGUCCAGUGGGUGACCAGGGGACUCACUGAAUGCCCAACACUUUGCAUCUCUCUUCUGGCUCCCAGCCUUGUAUCUUGAAUCUGCACACUCAAUGGUCAUUAUUGAACACCUACUGGGUUCCAGCUGCUGUGGGUAAUAUAACAAAGAGAAGAGUGCCUGUGCCCAAAGAGCCUAUGGAAUGGUAGCAGAAAUAAGCUGGGUACCUAAAUAUUGGUAAGCCAAGGGUGAAGAGAGCACAUGUACUGAUGACACCUCAGAGGAAGAAGUACAUGGCUGAUGCUUAAUAAAUCCUUGUAUGAAUUAGCACCCUAAGAUGCCCCUAAGGCAGAGAUCUCACCUUCAUUUUCCCUCAGAACUCUAUGGCAAGGAUGUGUCGCUUCAUCCUAUCCCCCUGUUUCUUAAGGACUUGCAAAGCUGAGAAAUAAAACAAGCAGACUGGAUUGUUAUAUUUUUGUACCUGGA